AUGUCGACCGAAAACGAUAUCACGAUGAAUACAGAUGAUGCUGCUCCUUCCUCCGCACCCGUUUCUGUUGGAGGCUCAAUGAUAGCUCGCUCACAAUCACGAGACUCUUUCAUUUUCACAGCAUCGAAGAACCCCACAUCGAUAACAUUCAAACGACCUGUUACGCAACUUUCGUCAGAUUCGGAUUUAACUAAAGAUCUACCUUUAUUCGGAUGCCCAGUCACGACAAUCUACUUGAAACAGGCUGAUACAAGUGCAACGCCUGCGCAAGAUACAUGUACCGACGGGAGCAAGAGGACUGAAUACACCGGUGAUCGUCAUCCAUACUUACAUGUGUCUGAGAGCGCAUGUACAGUACUUGUUGCGAACAAAAGAGUAAUUGAUAACUUGAUCCAAAAGUACAGCUCAGCAUCGAAGCAGCUCAGUGCAAAGUCUGCUGAAAUCGAUGAUACUCUAUCAAAACUAUCCGAGGCCAAAACGAUCAUCGAAAAUAGUAUCCGUGACUUCAGGGUAUUUGACGAUAGGGAGUUUCGUAAAGUUUUGGAGGAAGCCAAGACAAAAACGGAAUCGCUCUUACAAGCUACUCGAGUUGCCUAUCAGGAGGGGAGACUGUCGACUCGACGAGCUGAGGUAUACGAAAACUUUGCCGAGCUUGAUGGACAAAGGCGAGAACUUCGAGACAGCUUUGGAUAUCAUCAAGGUCAGAAAAUCCUCUGUUGUAGUCUCGGUUUGACUGAGGAGAGCAAAUCUCACGCUAAGGAGGCGCGGUAUUAUAAUAAUCAGACCAAAAACGUCUCCAAAUCCAAACAAUGGGAGACAGUCCAGAGGGAACAAGAAUUAAUUGCAGGCGAAAAAUGGGAUGACUACAAAGGGUUAGAAAAGUACUUGUCACAAAUAGGAAGCUACGUUUAUCGAGAGGGAGGAUGGCAAGACAACGGAGAGCAAGAGGGGUAUUAG